CGCCGAUCUAUAUCCUUUAACGUCCUUCUCGACAUACAUCAAUUGCCCUUUUCUCGUUUUCUGGAUAAGCAAAGCUCCUUUAACUCUCAAAUCAGAGCAAUGGAGAAAGUUGACGCCAACGUGCCAGAACUUUCGCCUUGGUCAUCAGGGUCAAAUAUUUCCGACGCUUAUGCCUUCGAUGUGGCCCAUUAUACGCGCCUGCUAGUGGAAAAUUCCAAGAGACUUUUUGUUCAAGAUGAUCAGCUAUGGGUCAAAGUGAUAGAGGUCGGCGAGAGAGACAUAGUGUUCCGAAACUUUUUAGAAUUUGACACAUAUUUGCGGUCCAGUAUAUUUGUGGGUACACGUAUAAUAUUCGUACCCCAGAGAUUCUCGUGGGACAAUCUCUUGAUAUCUGAAGCUGGCCUACGAUUGCUGUUAUCACAUUUCAAGAUAUUCCCAGCUCUGAUAGACGUGGUCAAUGCCUUUGGAGCGCAGACAUCCUCUGAGAGCGACUCAAUCAGCGCCUGUCACUCUUAUGUGCGAGCCAACAUCUCCGAGUGUUGUUACGUUGCACGACAUGUCGAAGCUCAUGGCCGAGAAGAAUUAGAUGAUCCAUGGUCAAUCAGGCAAAUGGGAGUAUAUCAUCAACGAAACGUAUGGGAUAACACAAACACAUUCGUCAUAUUCAAUCCUUCCAAAACUUUUCAACAACGAUUAAAAGAUGCACAAAUCAAUUCAACUCGUCUCCCAACAUGGAGAGAUAUUCACACCCUUGCUGCUUCUUGCUCAACCACUCCAUGGAGGCGAUACAUCAGCCAUAUUGAAUUGAAAUUGGCCCAACUGAAGACGAAGGCACAUCUAUCCGCCGUGGCGGAGAGCGAUACACCGCAGAUGAAACCAAAAUUGAAAAUCGAGUUUGAGGACACACAAAACAUUGAGGUCAUCCAUGAUAAACUCCACAAAGUGAACCAUAUACUGGUUUCAAACCUCAAUGUCUUCAAAAUACUAUCCAACUUGAUGAAGGGCAACAGCGGGGUUCAAGACCAGUUCGAAACUGGUGAGAAUAGGUUGGCAUUCUGCACGGACGAGACUGAAAUGCAAAAUCGGCGAGUGAACACCCUAUUUCAAAGAAUCAAUGCCGCAUCGGGAUUGAUGCGAAAUAUCAUCGACUUCCGAGGCUUAGAAGCCUUGAAGACGAGUAGCGCAAUGUCCACAGAGCUUUCGCAGCUCGCACACAAGAGGGCCGAAAAAUCACAGAAGGAUGCACGCACAAUUACAACCGUCACGGUGUUUACCAUGAUCUUCCUUCCGGCUUCAUUUGUUUCGCAGUUUCUUAGCAUGGGAUACAUCGAGUUAGACACGCACGACCGAGUCUCCUUGAAAUUUGGGAGUGGGAUGUGGAUCUUUGGUAUUAUGACCCUGUUUCUUCUCAUUGUAACCUUGGGUUCGUGGCUAUGGUUGGAGAUCCGGGCGAGGAGGCCCAAAAAUCUUGGCGACUGUGAAGCGAACUAGCCGUGACGGCAGUGGCUCCAGGGCGUUCGGUGAGAAAAUCGGGGUGUUGGGGAGGACAAGCGGGCAAGGGUUUCCGAAUGGUUUAGCUUCAGAAAGCAACGGCUCCGUCCCUGAGACAUGGCCAAUAUCUGGACUUCUUUAAGCGCCACAACCUCUACAAAACCCCCACACCUAGUGGCAACUUCUUCCUUUUGCAUGCGGCCUCUU